CUCGCCACCCGUGGCGCUGAAGAACGGUAGUCUUGAGUUUCGUUGAGUUUCAGGAGCCAGCUGAGUUGUAUUUUCCUUUGGAUUUUGCAAGAUUUCCUAAUUUUUUGCAUAAAAUAUGCUGAGUCGCUGUUCCAGAUCAUUCUCUGCGGCCAACCAGUUCCGGAGGCUCCAGAGUACUCUUGUAAUAGCGGAGCACAACGACAAGGUGCUCACACCCAUCACCGGAAAUGCCGUGUCUGCUGCCCAGCAGGUGGGUGGCGACGUGACUGUUCUUGUCGCCGGAACGCAAUGUGCUUCCGUUGCUGAAUCUGUGGCCAAGUUGUCGGGAGUUUCUCGGGUUCUUCUGGCUGAGAAUGAGGCAUUUAAGGGCUUCGUGCCAGAGGCAUUGACACCCCUUGUCCUGGCCGCUCAGAAUCAGUUCAAGUUCAGCCACAUCAUAGCUGGUGCUUCAGCUUUUGGGAAAAGCCUGACGCCUCGAGUGGCUGCCAAACUGGACGUCUCGCCUAUCUCUGAAGUUAUAGCUAUCAAGAAUGCGGACACAUUUGUCCGGACAAUCUACGCCGGAAAUGCUGUUCUCACGUUUAAGGCUAAGGAUCCCGUGAAGGUAAUCACAGUGAGAUCAACGAACUUCCCUCCAGUCGCUGAAGGAGGCAGUGGAGCUGUAGAGAAGGCUCCUGAGGGCAACUAUAAGACCGAUCUGACGACUUUUGUGGGCCAGGAACUCACAAAAUCCGAUCGUCCCGAACUGACAAGUGCCAAAAUCAUCAUUUCUGGUGGGCGAGGCCUCAAGUCUGGAGACAACUUCAAGCUCCUCUACGAUCUUGCCGAUAAAUUUGGAGCCGCCGUUGGAGCCUCCAGAGCGGCUGUAGACGCUGGAUACGUACCAAAUGAUCUGCAAAUUGGGCAGACUGGAAAGAUCGUAGCUCCGGAACUGUAUAUUGCUGUUGGCAUAUCGGGAGCCAUCCAGCAUUUGGCUGGCAUGAAAGACAGCAAAACAAUCGUGGCGAUCAACAAAGAUCCUGAAGCUCCCAUUUUCCAAGUAGCUGAUUACGGCCUUGUAGCUGAUCUCUUCAAAGCCGUGCCAGAAAUGACAACUAAAUUGUGAGAUAAGUAAUAUAUCGUCAUACUGAAGGGAUUAAGCCUAAUUUGAUACGAAUAGUUAAUAAAACAUUGGAAGAAUUGCAUUUAUCUGAAA